AUUGUCAAUACAAUCAGACAUAACCUCCAAAUUAUUAUACACUGAUACUUUAUGACUAACAUUUAUUUUUUAAAAAAUUCUAAUGGACUUUUAAAAUAUUUUAUUAGUAUAAUUAUUAAAUAUAUAUGAAUAAUGGCUGAUAAAGAAGAAGAAGAAAGUGUAACUCCAGUGACAAGUGAUAACGCAGGUGAUAAUACGACAGAUAAACCAGCAGUUGAAGAAGCUGAGUUAGAAUCAUUGAAACAGACACUUUCUGAAACAAAUUUAUCAGGAAAUGAUGGAUCUCAAUCAGCACCAAAGGAUAAAACUAAAAUUGAUAUUUUAUUAAAAGCUGCUGGCAAUGCUCCGAUUAUGAAGAAGAAAAGAUGGUCAGUGAGUCCAGAACAACAUAUUGGAUGGAUAUCGGAAUUUAUUAAGAAAUAUUUAAAACUCGACACAAAUGAAAGACUGUUCCUGUAUAUCAACCAGACAUUCGCACCAGCACCCGAUCAAACAGUUCAAAAUCUGUAUGAUUGCUAUGGGACUGAUGGGAAAUUAAUUAUUCAUUAUUGUAAAAGUCAAGCAUGGGGUUGAAUUUAAUUAUGAUUAAUAAUAAUGAUAUUUAAUUCUUAAGUUAUUUAAAUAAAAUAAUAAGGCGGUAAUAUUAAGUCCAUUUUUUUUUUUUA